UGGGAGGCAAUUGAGAUUUUUAAUGAUCUCAAUGGAGACAUGAAAUCUAAAAUGGCGGUUGUCUUUGAUGACAAUGAGGUCACAUGUUUUCCACUUCCAACCCAAGAAGACUUCACGCCUUUCUUGAUGAUGAGAAUGCCGACAGAAUCUGUCUUCGGUAUUCUGGCGAAAGGUUUCACUCUCAACAUAUCAGGGAAAGGAAUUUCAUGUAACAGGCACUCCAAUUCUCGGAUGCUUCAGGUAUCGUACAAAGCAAUCAAGGAACCGACCCAGUUCUGUACUCUGACAGACAACAAGGCCGUACCUGACGCCUUUUCUAGUUGUUUGUUUCGCUGUGACUGUCCAGACCCCGCCCACUGUAGAGACGUCAAUCUGUUUUUAGCCAGUGGUAAUGCUAAGGGGGCGUGGUCUCUCUGUGAAGUGAAGGCUACCAAUUCCUAAGUUUGUAAAAAUUAGGAAGGGGAACAGAACGUUUAAAUGAGAAUAAGAAUAACAGGAUCAAAUUUUAAUAGCAGUAAUUCUUUGGGAUUUUUAAUAUUUAACCCAGA